GUUAAUUUCUACAACAAGACCAAAAUAUCAUCUUUAAGGCCCAACAUCAGUUUAUUUCCUGUAAAAGAAGAUUUGUUGCCAUUCCCUGGAUCUUGUUGCUGCAUCCGCUCUGGCAUUAUAUUAUAUGUCUGGGAGGAUACAGAAAGAAGAGAAGAAUAAGACGACAGUCAUGGCCUCUCACUCUCAGGUUUUGGUGGAAGAGAAAGCGGGUGUUAGGAUCUUGACACUAAACAAGCCAAAACAGCUGAAUGCUCUGUCCUUCCAGAUGAUCUCUCGGUUGCUGGAACUGUUCCUUGAAUAUGAGAAGGACCCUAGCGUGAAACUUGUCAUCCUAAAGGGUCAGGGAAGAGCCUUUUGUGCUGGUGGCGAUGUUUCAGCUGUUGCUCGUGACAUCGGACGAGGAAACUGGAGGCUCAGUGCCAAUUUCUUCUCAGAUGAAUACAUGCUCAACUAUGUUAUGGCCACGUAUAGCAAAGCUCAGGUUUCAAUUUUGAAUGGUAUUGUCAUGGGAGGCGGAGCUGGUGUCUCCGUCCAUGGUCGAUUUCGUAUUGCAACGGAGAAUACGGUUUUCGCCAUGCCUGAGACAGCGUUGGGCCUCUUUCCAGAUGUAGGCGCGUCCUAUUUCCUGUCAAGGCUCCCUGGAUUUUUUGGAGAGUAUGUUGGCCUCACGGGUGCUAGGUUAGAUGGCGCUGAAAUGCUUGCUUUUGGCCUUGCAACACAUUUUGUGCCUUCGACGAGGUUGACUGCAUUAGAAGCAGAUCUUUACAGAGUUAAUUCAAGUGAUCCAACCUUUGCCUCAACAAUUCUCGAUGCAUACACUCAGCAUCCGCACCUGAAACCGCAUAAUGUUGUUGAUAGGUGCUUUUCGGGGAGAACAGUCGAAGAAAUUAUAUCUGCACUUGAGAGAGAAGCCGCGAAUGAAGAAGAUGAUUGGAUCUCAGCUACCAUUCAAGCAUUGAAAAAGGCUUCACCAGCAAGCCUUAAAAUCUCUCUUAGAUCGAUAAGAGAAGGGAGAUUGCAGGGGGUGGGGCAGUGUCUUAUCCGUGAGUAUAGAAUGGUGUGUCAUGUGAUGAAGGGAGAAAUAAGCAAAGAUUUUGUGGAGGGGUGCAGAGCCAUAUUGAUAGACAAAGAUAAGAACCCUAAGUGGGAGCCAUGGCGACUGGAGGACAUGAAGGAUAGCAUGGUAGAGCAGUACUUCAAGAGAGUGGAGGGAUUGGAGGAUUUAAAGCUUCCACCAAGGAACAACUUGCCUGCUGCAGCAAUAGCAAAGCUGUGAAGGUGUUGGAGCACUAUGGCUUAGUCCUGGAAAGAGAAUAGACAUGUUACAACGCUGGUGUUGAAUCGGCCUUGCAUACCGUACUUAAUAAUGCAUAAUGCAAAACAGAAAACGAUUAUUGUAUUGAAAAAUGACACCAAAGCAGAUGUUGAGAAGAUUUGUUUGUGGUGUUGGAGGCACAACCACGG